UUCUUCCCAUUCAAACCAACGCCCCCACACAGAUCAUUUCCUUAUCCCAAUUUCAAUUUCAAUUUCCCAAUCAAUUUCUCAAUCAAACCUUCUGGGGAUAUGGCAACCUUUCACCUUCCAAUACAUCCCAUUAAAAUGGUGCUCGAUUUUCUCCCAAUUUCUGUGCCCUAAUUUCUCCAUCAAUUUCCCUCUUCACACACUGAAGCACAUGGCUGCGGCAAUCCAAGGCGAGGACAAGGUGCUCGCCACCGCACAGCGCAUCGUGCAGUCUCUCGGCAACACCUCCGACACCGACGAUAUGCUGCUGAUCUUCUCCACCUUCGACAACCGCCUCUCCACUCUCUCCUCCUUCGUCGAGAAUCCUUCUGCCGCCGCCGCCGACGGCGACUCCUCCGCUACCCCUUCGCGAUUCGACGAUGCUGAGCGGAUCAUUUUGAGCCACACCGAUUCCUCCUCGUUCCCCGAUGACUACUUGGAUGCAGUCGAUGAGAUCAUACAAUUGACCAAAGAGUUCAGCCUGGCUUCUUCCGAUGAGGUGCUGGACCGUGCCGAGAACGCGCUGCAGUUCGCGAUGACGCGCUUGGAGGAUGAGUUUCGUCACGUGCUGAUCCGGAACACCGUUCCUCUUGACCCGGACCGCCUGCACCACCACCGCUCGACGCUUUCGUCGUCCGCCGCUGCUAUCGCGAUUGCUGCGACGGAGUUCUUUAAUGGUGAUGCGAGUGAGAGCCUUGAAGAUGUCAGCAGUGGGCGGUACAGCCACCACAGCCAUGGUAGGGGUGUGAGCUUUGGAUGGGACGAUAUGUCAAUUGAAUUGAUUCACCCUGAUGCCGUGAUUGAACUGGGAGAGAUUGCUGAUAGGAUGAUCCGUUCUGGGUAUGAAAAGGAAUGCUGUCAGGUCUAUUGUAGUGUUCGGCGUGAUGUUCUAGAGGAAUGUAUGGCAAUUCUCGGAGUGGAGAAAUUGAGCAUAGAGGAGGUGCAGAAGAUUGAGUGGAAAUCGUUGGAUGAAAAGAUGAAGAAAUGGAUUCAAGCUGUGAAAAUAGUUGUUCGUGGUCUUUUGUCGAGUGAGAAGCAUUUAUGUGACCAGAUUUUUGCUGGGUCUGAUUUGAUUAAGGAAGUCUGCUUUCUAGAGACUGCAAAAGGUUGUGUGAUGCAAUUGUUGAAUUUUGGGGAGGCAGUUGCGAUAGGAAGGAGGUCCGUGGAGAAAUUGUUUAGGAUUCUUGAUAUGUAUGAUGCAUUAGCCCAGGUUCUAUCUGAUUUGCAGGAAUUAUUUAUGGAUGAAGAUGCAGGUGAUAUGGUGUGUAGGGAGGCUCAGGGAGUGUUGGAUGGUCUGGGUGAAGCUGCUAUUGGGACCUUUGUGGAGUUUGAGAAUGCAGUUCAGGGAGAAUCUUCCAGGAAGCCUAUCCAGAAUGGUGAGAUUCAUCCGCUUGCUCGAUAUGUGAUGAACUAUGCAAAGCUGCUUGUGGAUUACAGUAAUACUCUCAACUUAUUAUUGGAGAAUUUGGAGGCCGGGACGGUCGAGUCAGAUAGGGGGAAUAAUACUUCAGAGUUGGAAAGCAUGUCCCCAUUUGCUCGUCGAUUGUCUGCUCUGAUUAUGUCUUUGGAGUCGAAUAUUGAGGAUAAGUCAAAGGUUUAUGAGGAUGUUGCCAUGCAAUACGUAUUUUUGAUGAAUAACAUACUCUACAUUGUGCAAAAGGUGAAAGACUCAGAGCUGAGAAAUCUUUUGGGUGAUAAUUGGGUUAGGAAGCGGCAGGGACUGAUCAGACAGCAUGCCACACAAUACCUCAGAGCAUCAUGGAGCAAGGUCUUAUCUUGUUUGAAGGAUCAAGGGAUUGGUGGGAGCACGAGUAAUGCAUCUAAGGUUGCUUUGAAGGAAAGGUUUAAGAAUUUCAAUGCUUGCUUCGAAGAAAUCUAUAGGGUCCAGACAGCUUGGAAAGUCCCAGAUCCUCAGCUUCGUGAAGAGCUUAGGAUAUCCGUUUCUGAAAAAGUGAUUCCAGCUUAUCGCUCAUUCAUGGGAAGGUUUGGGAGUCAGCUCGAAAGUGGAAGGCAUGCGGGAAAAUACAUCAAAUAUAAUCCCGAGGAUUUGGAGAAUUAUUUAUUGGACUUAUUUGAAGGAACACCUCUUAUCAUUCACCAUAUGAGAAGAAAAAGCACAUAAAACUCAGGACUCUUUAUAGUUAUGGUUACUGGCUUCUUUUUGAUGUAAUGCAACUUUGACUCUCCGUUUGGUGUUGUAAUCUGCUCCACAGGUUGGAAGUAUUGAACACAGGACACUCAUAGGUAUGUUUUCUGGCUUUUUCGAGUUGUAAGGCAACCUUGACUUUCUGCUUGGUGUUGUAAUUUUCUCCAUAGGUUGGAGAAGGUAUACAUUAUACUGUAAUAAUUUGUACAUUCAGCAACCCGUUUCAUUAGCUGUUCAAACUCUUAUUUCUUUUU